GUUUGACAGUAGCAGAGCCCACGGACCUGGUGUUCGGUUUGAAGGCGGGGUUCAGCCCCAUAAAUCCCCGAGAGAAGCAGCGGAACAGGCGUUAGUAACGUUCACUGCCUCUGGAAUAAAAACGUUUUUUUCUUUGUUCUCAGACUCUCAGACCCGAACUUCGCUUCUCGUUUGGACUUUAGCGAACCGUAAGUUGACAGCUGCGCGUGCAGGACAAGUCGGAACACCUCGUGAAAGGUGCUGCGGGGAUAAAAAUGAAGCAGACUUCCUUAUUUUGCCUUCUUGCACUGGUGACCCUGUAUGGCUGUGAGUGUGUGCUGUCACCCGUUGCAUCCUACGGAGAACGGGGCUCUGAUCUCGGCAUACAGGUGUUUCAACAAGUUGUUCAAACCAAGCCCCUAGAAAAUGUGGUGCUUUCCCCCCACGGAGUGGCUUCCAUCCUCGGCAUGCUCCUUCCUGGAGCCCAUGGAGAAACACGGAAGCAAAUCCUCAACUCUCUGCGCUACAAGAGAAAUGGGCUGUACAAGAUGUUGAAGAAGCUGCACAAGGCCUUGACUUCCAGGUCCAACCAGGACGUGGUGAUGAUCGCCAAUGCCAUGUUCAGCCAGACAGGGUUCCCCAUGGAGAGGAGCUUUGUGGCUGCCAACAAAGGCAACUUCCAGUGUGAGAGCAGGAGCCUGGACUUCAGCAGCCCCUACACAGCAGCUGAUGAGAUCAACAACUGGGUCAACAAUAAGACUAAAGGUCACAUUCCCAGCCUGAUCAGAGCAGACAUGCUGGAUUCAGCUCUGACCCGUCUGGUCGCUGUUAAUGCCAUCUACUUCAAAGGCUUGUGGAAGUCGUGUUUCCAGCCCGAGAACACCAAGCAGAGGCCCUUCAAUGGGGCUGAUGGCACUGUUUAUAAAGUCCCCAUGAUGUCCCAGCUGUCCAUCUUCAAUAUAGGCAUGGCCAGCACACCACAGGGCCUCAAUUACCGGGUGAUCGAGCUGCCAUAUCAUGGCAACAACAUCAGCAUGCUGAUCGUCGUGCCCUUUGAUGAGGACACAUCUUUGUCCCAAGUCAUCCCUCACAUCAGUACAGCCACAGUGCAGAACUGGACCAAGCUGAUGAACAUGAGGAAAAUCCGCCUGCUCAUCCCCAAGUUUACUGCAGAAGCAGAAAUAGAUCUGGAAGCUCCACUCUCAAAGCUGGGAAUAUCGGACAUGUUCAGUCAAGGCAAAGCCGACUUCAGACACCUCUGUGCUGAACCCGUGUACGUAUCCAAGGCACUCCAGAAAGCGAAAAUCAUUGUGAAUGAAGAUGGGACAAAAGCAGCAGCUGCCACCACUGCUAUUCUGCUGGCGCGGUCCUCUCCACCGUGGAUUACUGUGGACAGACCUUUCCUCUUCCUCAUCAGACACAUCCAGACAGGUACCGUUCUCUUCAUGGGUCAGAUCAACAAGCCCUGAGCUCAACCUGCACAUGAACAUGGUUACACACCGGCACAUACCAACACACACACCUGGCUGUAGACUUAUGUACAAUGUGGACAUAUAAUGUUGUUUGUUUUAAAUGCAGCUUUUUAUGUUACUCAUUUUCUGUAAUACAUAACAUGCUGUGUGAAAUGUUUUGCAGACUAAAUUUUCCUGCUCUUUUUAAUUUUUUUUUGUAAACUUUUUUGACUUUAUUACAUUUUUAAAAGACUUUGAAUGUCAGAUUGUGUAUAUUUCCAACUCGGGGGUAGGAUAAUCCUUUAUAUUUAUCACAUCACAGUUCUUCCUCCAUCUGUAGUCAUGUAACUCCAGCCUGCGUUCAUUUCUCUCUUAAGUUAUGGAAGUGUACAUGUCAACUUUUUAAACUUUGCAUAUUAUUUCCCCUCAGAGGAAAUCUUCUGUUGUAUUUGCUUCACAUUUGGGAAUAAAAUACACAUAUUUAUAACA